GGGCGGGGCGGUCGCGGCCGUAGUGCGUCGCGGGGAGCCGCCCUGCCGGGAAGGAGCCUGAGAGAGAGUCGGCGGCACAAAAUGGCGGCGGCGACGGCGACGGCCGGGGCCGGGGCUCAGGGGCCGGCGACCCCCGCGGCAGCGGCCGGCACGCCGGGCUCCGGUGGCACAGCCCCCGGGUCGCAGGGGGUGCUGAUCGGGGACCGGCUGUACUCCGGGGUGCUCAUCACGCUGGAGAACUGUCUCCUGCCGGACGACAAGCUCCGCUUCACGCCGUCCAUGUCGAGUGGCCUCGACACUGACACGGAGACCGACCUCCGCGUGGUGGGCUGCGAGCUCAUCCAGGCGGCCGGCAUCCUGCUUCGCCUGCCGCAGGUGAGGGAGCGGCCGCGAGCCUCGGGCCGAGGUGGCCAUGGCUACCGGGCAGGUGUUGUUCCAGCGGUUCUUCUACACCAAGUCCUUUGUGAAGCAUUCCAUGGAGCUGUUGGAGACUGUCGUCCUUGGAACAAACAUCUCUGUGUUGCAUCGCUUACGUUUCAGCACGUGUCAAUGGCCUGUGUUCACCUGGCCUCCAAGAUAGAAGAGGCUCCAAGACGGAUACGGGACGUCAUCAACGUGUUUCAUCGCCUUCGACACCUGAGAGAGAAAAAAAAACCUGUGCCUCUACUGUUGGAUCAAGAUUAUGUUAACUUAAAGAAUCAAAUUAUAAAGGCGGAAAGGCGAGUUCUCAAAGAGUUGGGUUUCUGCGUCCAUGUGAAGCACCCUCACAAGAUAAUCGUUAUGUACCUUCAGGUGUUAGAGUGUGAGCGUAACCGACACCUGGUCCAGACCUCAUGGAACUACAUGAAUGACAGCCUUCGCACAGACGUUUUUGUGAGGUUCCAGCCUGAGAGCAUCGCCUGUGCCUGCAUCUAUCUUGCUGCCCGGACGCUGGAGAUCCCUUUGCCCAAUCGUCCCCAUUGGUUUCUUUUGUUUGGAGCAACUGAAGAAGAGAUUCAAGAAAUCUGCUUAAAAAUUCUGCAGCUAUAUACUCGGAAAAAGGUUGACCUGACCCACCUGGAAGGUGAAGUGGAGAAGCGCAGGUACGCCCUCGACGAGGCAAAGGCACAAGCCAAGGGCCUGUUGCCCGGCGGCACCCAGGUGCUGGACAGCGCGUCGCGGUUCUCACCUGCCCCCAAGCCGGCGGAGUCCCCCAAGGAAGGCCAAGGAGACAAGCCUUCCCCACUCUCUGUGAAGAACGCCAGGAGGAAAGUGGAGGGCGUGAAGAGAGCCAAGGCCGACAGCCCGGUGAACGGCUUGCCGAGGGGGCGAGGGGCUCGAAGUCGGAGUGGGAGUCACGAGCAGAGUUACUCCAGGUCCCCGUCGCCAUCCGCUUCUCCUAAGAGAAGGAAAAGCGACAGCGGCUCUACGUCUGGCGGGUCCAAGUCACAGAGCCGCUCGCGGAGCCGGAGUGACUCCCCACCCAGACAGGCCCAUCGGGGCGCUCCCUACAAAGGCUCCAAGGUAAGGAGCUACCGGAGGUCCAAGGACUGCAAGUACUCCGCCCAGAAGCCACACAAGUCUCGGAGCCGGAGCUCCUCCCGCUCUCGGAGCCGCUCACGGGAACGGGCAGAUAAUUCUGGAAAAUACAAGAAGAAAAGUCAUUACUGUAGAGACCAGCGACGGGAGCGUUCUCGGUCGUACGAGCGAGCGGGCCAUCGCUACGAGCGGGACCACCCCGGGCACAGCAGGCACCGGAGGUGAGGGCGGGGUCCCUGAAGGUCUGCCCUUUGGCCCUCGGCAUGCUCACCUCGGCCACUGGCCCUUGGGCCUGACUCUUUCUGGAAAUGGUUGUUGACUCGGGACCGUGUGAUGAAUUUGGAGAUGGAAUGGAGAGGCCAGCAAGCCGCCCUUUAGUGUGGCCCGGGCCUAGCUCACCCCGGCCCGCCUCGGCAGCAGCCCUGCUGGUUGCAAAGGCCGGGUGCGCACGUCCCGGUGGCGUGGCUUGGUGCUACGACAGGCUGUCUCUUCACUUCCGUUCCGAUACUCAAUUACGUUAAACCAAGACAAUGACUUUUCGAACAUUUGCCUAUAUUAGGUUGUACUUAUGUCCGUAUUUUGCAAUGUUUCACUAUGAGAAAAUGGCCUUAACAGCCCCUCGCUCUCUGUCCACGUUGUAAAUAAACAUGUGUUUAAUACAAGUUAAAGCUAUAUAUGAAAACUCAGAACUUGAAUUCUGUCAGCUUAAAACUUGUGUAGAGAAUUCUGAUUUUUAAAAUGUGAAGGUAUUUAGAUCUGUGUUGAAAGUCGUAUAUUUUUAUCUGUGCAAUGCUGAGUGCAGGCCACCAGCUCCUAAAUAGAGAAGUUUCCUAUAUAUGCAUUUUAUGUGGUUAAAUAAACACAAUUCUCUCUA